UGGUAAGAACAGGUAUCGCGAAUCGUCCACUCAGCCUUCAUACAACACGUAGAGCACCACCUCGCCCGUUUCCCUCCCUGUCUCACCACCUGUUAACUUCGCCGUACUCGAAAGCAACGCCCACGAAUAUGGCCCAAUCAACAGCCCACCGACGCCUCCUCCAAGAAUACCGCGCCUUGACCAACAACCCGCCCGAAGGCAUCACGGCUGGGCCUGUGUCCGAAGACGACCUGCUGCACUGGGAAGCCCUGAUACAGGGUCCCGAAGGCACGCCCUUCGAGGGCGGCGUAUUCCCCGCUGAGCUGCGCUUCCCCAAGGACUACCCGCUCGCCCCGCCGACGAUGAAGUUCCUGGGUGAGAUUUUCCAUCCGAACGUGUAUCCAAGCGGCCUAGUUUGCAUCUCCAUCCUGCACCCGCCCGGCGAUGACCCCAACCACUACGAGCACGCCUCGGAGCGGUGGUCGCCCAUCCAGAGCGUCGAGAAGAUACUCAUCUCGGUCAUGAGCAUGCUGGCCGAGCCGAACGAUGAGAGUCCUGCCAACGUGGAGGCGGCCAAGAUGUGGCGUGAGCGGAGGGACGAGUAUGAGAAGAAGGUGCGUGACGGGGUGAGGAGGAUGUUAGGGCUUUGAUAUGCUUAUCCUGGCUUGUACGUGGCUACGGAUAUGGGAGGAUGGCAUGGCGCAUUUGGGAGUUCAUGGGAGGUUUGUCUUGCAUGGCAUAGAGUUUGCAUUGCGAUAGCGAUGUGUGGUAACAGGGCCUCUAAACGGAUAUUUCAAUUGCGUUUCAAAACUCACGUGUAUGACAUUUGACUGGUUCUCAAAUGCGUUUCAUCUAUAAACAUCUACAAACCAC